UAGAGGUCCUCUGCAUAGACAAGCAGCCGAAAACAGAUCUUCAGCAAAUUGACCCGCAACAGUAUCUAGUUCCUGGGUCAUUGCGAUGUCUAUCCCAGGUUUGGGGCUGAUCCCCGAGAAGCCUGCAACCUCAGCCUCCCGAACAUACACCCUCGAACCGCGUCAGGAAUACCGCUUCUCCGUCUCGCAUGGCGCGUCCAUCACCAUUACCCUCACCAGGGGCACCGCAGAGCGCGACGGCACUGAGCUGGCCCUCAAUGUCCCCUACACCCUCUCGGGCGUAAAGUCGAAACUGCUCUCCUGGCACGGCGCCAACCUCUCGGUCGAGGGCAUUACAGUCCACGAAUCCGUCGCGGGCCCCGACGACGCCGCCAACACCGCACACCUGAACCUCCACGCGUUCCUUCAACGGUCCCGUGAGGCCGCAGCCAGGAGCAGCGGCGGCCGCUCGGCACCUCAUGGCCCGCGUGUGCUCGUGGCUGGCGGGACGGGCUGCGGCCGAACGAGCUUGGUGCGGACGCUGGCGGCAUGGGCGACGCGGACCGGCGCGCAGCCGAUGGUGGUCAAUGCAGACCCGGGCGAAGGGUUGUUGACGCUGCCCGGCACGCUGUCGGCGGCGGUUUUCGGGACGGUCAUGGAUGUGGCGAGCGAGGGUGGGUGGGGCGCCGCGCCCAGCAGCGGGCCGAGCGCGGUGCCGGUCAAGCUGCCGCUAGUGUUCUACUAUGGACGGCGGCGGGUGGAGGAGGAUAGGGAUCUCUACAAGGGGGUUGUAAACUCCAUCUCGUCGGCCGUCUCGGCCAGGAUGACGGACGAUCCGGCUGUCAGGAGCGCUGGAAUGCUGAUUGAUGCGCCGCCUUAUGUGGAGGGCAAAGGUGCUGAUGUUUUGAUUCACCUUGCGGAGGAACUAAACGUAAACAUAAUCGUUACGAUUGAUACGCCCAGUCUACUCAGCGAACUUACGCAACGAUUCUCUGGCGUCAAGAACGUGCUCGGGGAGCACGUAUCUGUGGUGGCGCUGGACAAGUCUAGUGGCGUCAUGGAGAGGGACGAAGGUUUUUUGCAGCACAUGGGUGAAGCGAGCAUCAAGGAGUACUUUUUCGGAGAUGCAAAAAUCACCCUCAGCCCUUUCACCCAGCAGGUUGCCUUUGAUGAGCUGGCCAUUUACACGUCACCCGAAGCUUCUGACUAUUCAGCCGAGCCUGGCGCAUUGGAGCGAAUCACGCAGCCGCUACCUGAAAUGGCUCACUGGGUGUUGGCAAUGAUGGACGCGGCACCUAACGAUCCCCCGUCCAAGAUUCGGUACGCGCCCGUGUCGGGAUUCGUGUACGUCGCCGCAGUGGACAAGGACAGGCGGCGGAUGAAGAUCCUGGCCCCCGUCAGCGGGAGACUCGGAGAUAAACCGUUGGUCUGGGGCAAAUGGCCCGAGCCGCAUAUCAAUCUUCUCGGCUGAAACCGACGGCAAAAUCAGGUCUGGGGCGUCGCUGGACCUUUGUUUGCCAGCUGGAUGGUUGGUUAGCUGACGAUACAAAAUGCAAGAGUGCACACAUACAUCAGGGGUCAGGUUGGCUUUUAGACAAUAGCGAGGCGUUCGGUUUGUGGGUUGGCGCUUGUUUCGGGAAUCCCCAAAAGGUUUCGCCCAUUUGGAAUUCACUUUUUCGUGCUGCCCAAUCUCAAAAGGGUGGCUUGGGGGUGCUCCCGCCACCGAUUCCAUCCUUUUUACUCGUAGUUCCCAACAGCACAGCAAGUCGGCGAGGUAUGCCCCCUUUCGGGAUUUGUAAACUACCUGAAAGCUGACUCUGUGUCGGCGUUGGAGCCUUAACCGGAUUAUUUUCUCCGACCGGCCAUGACAGGACAAAUGGACUAUCGGGAACAAGCGACUCGCUUGGCAUGGAG